AUGUCUGAUCAAGACCUUCAGCCAACUACAUACAGCAAAUUGCGAAGUAUCUAUAAAUAUCACAUCGAUUCAUGCAACGCAUUGUAUCAGCUGAAAACGGAAAAAGAAGAAGAAUUAAACUCAAUAUACAAAAUGAUCAAAACAGAAUUGAUUGAUUCAAAUAAAUUUCUUCCCCGAACAAUUAUGAGAGACAUUUUAGCUUGCAUUCGGUAUAAUAAUCGCUAUGCAAAGGCUUAUUUAUCUCUAGCCAAACUCAUAUAUGAUAACUAUCAAGUAAAAGAGGAAAUCAGAGUUCCAUUAACUGUUAGAUACUUAUUUUAUAAAGAAUAUGGGAUUAAAUUAGACAAAUCUGAUAAUUUUGAAGAAAUUCUAACAGAAAAUCUCGAAAUUCAUACAGAAAAUACAAUUUACAGAGCAAUUAUGUAUAAUGACUUAAUAAAAUUCAUUUCGUUCACUGAAAGAGAAGACUUUGAUAAAAAUCAAAAACUUAAAAGCAGUUUUUAUCCAAUUCCUUACGAAAGAUAUUCAUUACUUGAAUUAUGCUGUUACCAUGGAGCAGUUGAUUGUUUCAAGUUAUUAAGAACAAAAUAUAACUCAGAAAUAACUCGAACAUGUCUUCAGCUUUCAUUUUUAGGAGGAAAUCCAGAGAUUAUGAGUGAAUGUUUGAAACGUCAAAAACCAAAUGGAAAAUGCAUGGAAUAUGCAAUAAUUUCACACAACAUUGAUUUUGUUACAUUCUUAAUGAACUAA